UUAACAUUAUUAUUCAACCAAUGGCCAUAGAUUAUUCUCGCUGGAAGGAUAUUGAAAUAUCUGAUGAUGAAGAUGAUACCCAUCCAAAUAUUGAUACGCCUUCUCUUUUCCGUUGGCGUCACAAAGCUCGGCUUGAACGUAUGGCAGAAAUGAAAGAAGAAAAGGAGAAAGUUGAGGGUGGAAAGAAGGAAGUUUUGAGCCGUGUUCAGGAAAUUGAAGAAAAGCUUUCAAACACAAAUUUGGAUGAAAAAGAGCGUAUCAAAUUGGAGUUGGAACGUGAUAAUAUCCGUAAACAAGAAGAAGAAUAUUUGCGAAAAGAGAAGGAAUUGGCUGAUAAGGAGAGAUUGGCACCUUGGAAUAUUGAUACAAUUGGGAAGGAAACUUGGAGUCGAACUAUUGUUAAUAAGCCAAAAGAUAAGACUUCAGUUAAGGAUGCCUCCUCUCCUAGUGUUUCUGCUCAACCAAAACUCAGCGAAGAUGAAGAGCAUCGACGUUUACUUGACUACUUUUCUAAAAACGAGACAUUAUUGGGAGAAAUGAGUCUUUUGAAAGGUUUUGAUGCUAUGGAGAAUAUGUUGUUGGAUAACCCUCAUUUGGCUUCUGAAUAUGCUACAAAUUGGUUGACCAUUGAAGCUCUCAAUCAUGCAAUUGAGGGAGAUGAUGACAAAAUGGGUCGUGUAGCCGAGAAUUGUAUUACAAUUCAAUAUCUUCUUGAACUUGCCAAAUCAUUGCAUGCUCUCUCAACAAAUACAAAUUUGAUUAAAAGCUUCUUCAAAAAGUUUUUUUAUUCUUUAUUUCUUUCAAUUUAUUUAAUUAGAAUUCGUUCUGCUGAGGUUUUGUAUCUGCAAAUGUAUCAGGAGGAAGUUCAAUCCUUCAAGGAUCGACUUCGAAAGCGUGCCAGGGACAAGCGUGAGGCUUAUGUCGCUGAAGCAGAGGCAUCUGAUAAGGCUAAGCGAGUUGAGGCUUCUCCUGGUGGUUUGGAUCCUAUUGAGGUUUUGGAGAGUCUUCCUGAGGCAUUGCGUGAAGCAUUUGAAUCUCAAAGUAUGGACAAAAUGUUUAAAGUAGCUGAAACUAUGGAUAGGGAAGUCUUCAAUUAUCAUUUGCAGCGUUGUAUUGAUUCUGGUCUUUGGAUUCCAAAUGCUAAGGAACACGAAGAGAAAUUGGCUAAAGAGAAACAUAAGGAGAAAGAAGAGGGUAAAUAA